CUAAUUAUUCUUUAUUGUGCCAGAAAAAAUGCGUUAAUAAUUGAUCAUUGGGAAGUGGAUGGUGACCUGGUGUCUCUUGAGGAGGAGCUCGGAAAGGGUGCUUUUGGUAAAGUGUAUAAAGGAACCAUAAAGCAAGCAACUACAGUUUCACGUAGGCUUUCAGUGAUGCCCCCAGUAAGUCCUCUUUGGAAAUCUGCAACCAAGCAAGCCAUGCCAUUUACUGUGGCAGUGAAAAUGCUUCACGGUAAAUUUUGGGUCAUCAUUCCGUAUUAUUUCUAUAGCCUGCACCACAGACGAAACUAAACUAUGGUUAAGUCCGGCUGCGAAACAAAGCCAAAAUCUUUUAUCUCGACCCUCACCUGUGUUCCAGGAUUUGAGUCUGUUGGGGGCACAGAACAAGGAUCUCGGCGUUCCUUUGCAGACGUUCCUAACCGAGGUUAAAUUACGUCUGCAAUGCAGGCUAAUCUUUUCCUGUAAUCUCUAGUUUCUAAUUUUUCUUUUUGACAUCAGUGCGUUAACGUUAAUAUUUGAGUACCACAGUUUUCAUUGAAACCAACCCCUAUAUUUUUAUGUGGCUAAGCAGGCUGCGAACAGAUUUAAGAUUCGACUCAGGGUAGGUUAGUAGAGAAUUUUUGUAACUGUUUCCGAUUGUUAUUAUCUACAGGUAUGGCAGAUAGUGAUCAAAGAAGGGAGUUUCUGGAAGAAAUUCAAUUGAUGAAAGCCGUGGGUUCGCACAAGAAUAUUGUUAAUAUGGUCGGUUGUUGCACUGUGGAGGAACCCAUGUUCUUGUUGGUUGAAUAUGUCCCUUAUGGUGAUCUACUGCAUUACCUCAGAAAGCGCCGAGGAAAGGUACACACAAUAAAGGAAUCUCGUCAAAGCAACUUCCUUUGGGAAUGAAUAAUCAACGCCAAACUGUUUAAAAUGGACCUUUAAAAGAACUCCCUGCACUUUUUUUAAAAGGUUUAUCUUUAUUGUCUUGCCAAAGACAUUAAUAUUUACCACAGACUCCGACUGUCGUAAGCUUCCUUAAUCUGGUUCUUCUUUGACCGUAGUAUUUGCUACAAUCAGUAUAGGGGAAUUUAGAGGCCUCUCCCUUCUUGAUAACUCGUUUGGCCGAACACCUUAAAACAGAGUUUCUUGUGUGCUUUACCACGCUUAUCACUCCUUCACAUGUCAACCAUUUCAUCCCCUUAAUAUUUAAAACCAUAUUGCAGAUACAUUCAAAAACUAUAUACUAGAUUUUUUACAAAGAAACUGGUCAAUGGAUUAGUCAUUCUGUAUGUAUCGCUAAAUGAAUACCAACAAAAUAUGAUUGUAUCUUCCCCUUUACAUGAGAACUGGGAUGAACUUUUUGCUUCUUUUUCAGGUAAAAGAGUACCUCGGAGACGAGUCAAGAGGUCCAUACCGCUCAACAUAUUGUGAGACAUAUGUACUUGAUGCAAAGCGGGAAGGAAUAUCAAUGCAGGUACAGAGUCGUACGAAAUAUUUGUUUCAUGAGUGAGUAAUUAAAAAUAAUUUCAAAGCGCACCACCAGUGCGGUCAUUUUUUUCCUGGUCAAUUUGGCGUUGAUUAUAUUUUAUGCUAGACUUUAUGUAUGUUUGUUCUCCGGUUGGCUUUCUCUUCCUUUUAGUGUUUCAGCUUAAGCGGUUAACCACCAUCUGGGUUAGUUCGGUUGCCAGGAUAAAGCGCCGGUCUGCCACUUGCCCAAGCCUCGGAGGGCCCGCAACAUUUGGGGUCUUAAAAUAAUUAAAGGAGAAAGUGCUGCCUUUUUAAUGAGAACUUCAAAUGGUUAGACUUUCUAGUACGUCUUAGACAAGAAUGAUAAGACGCACAACACUUGCACAUAUAAUACUUUCUUUAGGACAUGCGCUGUUCUUAAAACUAGCUAUAGUGGGUCACGACCAUGGGAAAUCCUUCUCAAAUUCACACUCACAUUAGUGGCGGACAUUCCUGAUAACUCAUGAGUACUUCAAAACUUAUGAACUGUAUUAUAAGCAGCCUUUCUCCAACCAAAGUUGUAAAUUAUACCUGAAAAGUCUUGAGGGGAGUGAAUAAUGACAUAUUCACAAUUUAUUGUGGUUUAUAGGUAAUUUUUUUCUAUUUAAUUUUUAGGCAACUAGGAGCGAUCGCAUUUACGUUAAUACCCCCGAAGCUCCAAAGAGUGAAGGGGGAAACGUGCAGAUUCUUUCAUUUUCUCAGUCUUCAAAAACGGGUGAGGAAUUCGGAGCUGAAAACAAAGGGAUGGCGAAAGAUGAAGUUCACUCAGACGAAGACGACGGCGAAAAAGAUGGCCUGACACCAGGAGAUUUACUGGCAUUUGCCUGGCAAAUAAGCGAAGGAAUGGUAAGCAUACUACAUGAUUGGAUGUGAACACAUAUAUAAGGCAAAUUUCAAAAUUUUUGAACCUUCUCGGUUGAGUUUGUUUUGAUUCUGACAAAGACUGGUGCGGAAGUUGCUUAAUUCUGUUAGAGAAAACAUAUAUAUAUGGAGUAAGUACAGGCGACUCCCGAUAACUCGAACCUUCAAGUUAAGGGAAAUCGAAAAAAGUUCGAGUUAUCGGGAGUUUGAGGCAAAAAACCGGCAGUAAGGAAAUAAGCAAAUGAAUGGGGAGGGAGUGCAAUUAAGCAAUAAAGCCUUGCACAGGGAUGGACACUGAAUUUGAACUGGAGUGGCAAAAAGUAAAAGAAAGAUUUGACACGGUUGCUUUGAAAUAAAUUCAGUGUCUUGGACCCCAGUACAUGGUUUUUUUCUCGCCUUGUCACGCGCUUAUAACAUGGUUCGGGUUAUCGAGAGUAGAAUUGAAUAGAAAUGAUCUGAAAGGAAACAAAAAUUACUUCGAGUUAGCAGGAGGUUCGAGUUAACGAGGGGUCGAGUUACGGAGGAUAAAAUUAUAGUUAUGUAAGAAGGAAAUCCAGGGGAAAUCGACUUUGGUUCGAGUUAGCGCGAGGUCCGAGUUAGCGAGGGUUCGAGUUAUUGGGAGUCAAUUGUAUUCGAUUACAUGAUACACCAAGAAAAUAUCAUAGGGAAACAGAUCACACCGGACGAGUUCAUCCUGGUUGCUCUGUCUUGGCGACGAAAAGUUCAUCCCGGUACGAAAUCUCUCGCAAGUAUCAUGUAAACGAAGAUUGACCACUCUUUUUAAAACAAAAUCUGUCUCCCAGUUGAAUGGAACGGUGGUGGCAUGCGUAGUUUUCGUCGAUCUAAGACGGCGUCAACAUGUUGGGCAAUUUAAAGAAAAAGAACAUGGAUGCGAGUAACCUCAAGUAAAAAAAUAGGGCUCUCAAACAUAAGUAGGAUUCAAAAGAGAGAUAUAAUCCCGGCAAUUUUCGUAAAUUUAAAGUGCAAAGUAUAAUGGGGUGUUAACACUGAAACAUAAUUAUAUAACAAAUUUCAACAGGAAUAUUUGGCGAGAAAAGGCUUUGUACAUCGCGACUUAGCAGCCCGCAACGUUCUUGUUGGAGAGAAUAAAGUUGCGAAAGUAGCAGAUUUUGGUUUGACUCGACACGUGUAUGAAGAAAAGGUUUAUCAUUCUAAAAGAAGCAGGAAACUUCCCCUGAAAUGGAUGUCUAUUGAAGCCAUAUUUGAUCAAACAUUCACCUCACAGAGCGAUGUGUAAGUAGAUUUUCUAUAUUCAAAGGUCAAAUUAAGGAUAAAUUUAUAAACUAUAUAAAUACUGAUGUAAGUAAGAUCGAUGGCUUAAUUUGUAAAUGGCUGACCACUGACUGUUCCCCUCCAACCUGCGAUCAGGCGGUCCUAAUCUUCCCCUUUGUUUGGAUACCGGAGUCCGGUUAAGUUUUGCUUCUGAAAUCUGGAAUCGGGAAGUUUUUCGCUUGUGCAAUCCGGAAUCAAGGGCUCUAGAGUACGGAAACUACAGAUUAAGGAAUCCAGGAAAAUUCCGCUAACAAUUGGAAUCCGAAAUCCAAGUUCCAUGAGAAUCCAGUACCAGUACCUAGAAUCCGCAAUCUACGGUGUUGUAUCCAGAAUCUAUGCAAAACUAUCUAAACUAUCUUGGAUUACUUUACAUGUGGUGACUAACCAAAAAGUGCCAUUCAUUCCACUGAUAUUAAACGAGUACGAUAUAACAUGAAAUUCUUUCAUUAAUUGCUUUAUGAGAUACGUAAGGUUGUAAAAAUUAAGAUUCACCAUUCGUCUCAUUGUUCUUUCACUUAUCAGCAAAGAGGCGCGUCCUGUCGUAUGUAACGCUUCACUGAGUAUUUGGACCUAUUGUUUUUGUUGUUUAUUGUUAGAUGGGCCUUUGGCGUUCUCUUAUGGGAGUUGGUCACACUUGGUGAGUUUUCACGCAUAUUUAUUACUCGUUAGUUGUGUUUCCUAAGCACUAACUGAGGUACCAUCGGUUAAGAACUGUUUUAUAGAGAUACUGCCGUCCAACCCUGCAGCACCAGUUUCGAUCUGUCCCAUCUUAUCGCUACGUCUUUUAAUUUUUUUCUGGGCAACGUUGAAACUAGUUAUUAAAAGGGUUUCAAAAAUUCUCAGAUUAUUGAAGUUUCUUUCAUGAUUUGCACAAUUUACAGCCUGCAUGAACUAGUUUCCACUGCAACAGACUGGAUUGUAUCUGAAAAUUCUAGAUUAAUUUUUUUCGAAAUAAAUUUCUUGAAUUUCGAUCAGGAGGCUUUUAUUAUUAGUUUUUCCCCAAUUUUAUUCUUUCAUUGUAUGUUUUAAAGUUACUUCAGAACAAAGAUUAAUUCUAAUUCGCUCGUAUUUAGGUGGCACGCCAUAUCCGACAAUAAGCAAUAGGGAAAUGCUUCGCCUUUUGAAAACUGGCUAUCGCAUGGAGAAACCAGAUAUCUGCGAUGAUGAAAUGUAAGUUAUAACUCUGUACUUAGAUUAUUCUAUGGGUUAUGUUCCAAUUAUUACUCAGGGCUUUUUAAUAAGUAAAAAACACGCGACUUUUAAAAGCCGUUAACAAUUGUUGCAUUCAACAAUGUUGGAUAAUGUUGCUUAUUAUGCUGGAUCAUUCCGUUUGAAUGGAUUUCAAGGCUGGGCUGAACGCUCAGUUAAUUACAUUCUUUGAUUUCGUUAUAGCUACGAGAUAAUGACGCAUUGUUGGAUUGAAUCACCUGACGACAGACCAAACUUUACGCAGAUAAGAGAGAGACUGGAAGUGAUGAUGCAGAAGGAUAACCCUUACCUGGAUUUUAGCGUAUUAGAUGAAAGAAGGGAAUAUUACAAUGUACCGUCAUUUAACAGUCUCGUUGAUGAAACCACAGACGACGAGCUUCUUGACAAAGAAGACGACGAACUCUCAAGAGAAACAAGCGAUGACUUCAAUGAAGGGGAAAACAUUGACCCAGGCGACUCUGCAAAAAGGAAGGAACUUGCCACCAUGGCCAAGGCAUUCAAGAACCUUGACAAAAGGGGUGAUAAUUUUGAUCCUGGGUUUGAACUCAAUGGCAGUAAGUUGGCAGGGAAGGGAUUCAGUGAAUUGAAGGAUAUUAAAGUGGAUUUCGACACCAUCGAGAUGUCAAUAUAUCACCCGCGGAAUAAGGAAAUUGCCCUCUAG